AUGCCAUCAUUCUUCAACCACCUGCGAGGUGGUCGCGAUGCACUCCUUCAUGGACGCGCAUCGGAUGAAUCCUCACCACCUGAUUCGAAAUCAUCUGAGCAGGGCAAGAUCAUCGCUCAAGAUCAAACAGUAGAGCCGGCUAUUCUCGAAGGAAAUGUCGACAACUACACAACCAGCGAGUCGCGUCGACAGAUUGGAUGGAUCUCAGCCGUAUUCCUAAUCUUCAACCGCAUGGUCGGUACAGGUAUCUUCGCAACACCAAGCGAGAUCCUCAGUCUCUCUGGCUCCGUCGGAUUGGCCCUUUUCAUGUGGGUUGUUGGUAUGCUCAUCUGCUUCGCGGGAAUGCUAGUCUACAUGGAGUUUGGUACCGGUAUCCCGAGAAACGGAGGCGAGAAGAAUUAUCUCGAGUAUGUGUACAGGAAACCAAAGUUCUUAGUCACUGCCAUGUAUGCGGGUUAUGUGGUCUUGCUUGGUUGGGCAGGGUCGAAUUCCGUCAUUUUUGGGGAGUAUAUCCUCAAUGCAGCGCAGGUGGAGGUUAACAGAUGGAAUCAGAGAGGUAUCGGACUUGCAUGCAUCACCACAGCGUUCUUGAUCCACGGACUUGCUCUGAAUUGGGGCCUGAGAUUACAGAACUUCCUUGGGAUUGUGAAGCUAUUGAUCCUUGCUUUGAUCAUCAUUUCUGGAUUCGUUGCCUUGGGAGGACAUCUUCAAAUUGAAAAACCUGACAACUUCAGCAAUGCAUUUGCUGGAACCACUGGAAGCGCGUAUGGUGUCGUGACUGCAUUGUACAACGUAAUCUGGAGUUACAUCGGUUACAGCAACGCAAAUUAUGCUCUAUCCGAAACCAAAGACGCCGUUCGUACACUCAAGAAAGCUGCUCCAGCUGCAAUUAUCCUUGUUUCAAUACUUUACAUGCUGGUCAACAUCGCUUAUUUUGCUGCUGUUCCAAAGGCCGACAUUGUCAGCUCAGGCCGCAUUUUGGCUGCAUCAUUCUUCCACAACAUGUUCGGUCCACGUGCCGAGCGAGUCUUGUCGGUAUUCGUUGCGCUGUCCGCCUUUGGAAAUGUUCUGAGUGUGAUUUUCUCUCAAGGUCGACUGGUGCAAGAAAUCGGACGGGAGGGUAUACUGCCGUUCUCCAAGCUCUGGGCAAGCAAUAAACCAAGAAACGCUCCGUUCAUGGGACUCUUCGAGCACUGGCUCGUUUCAGUCAUCAUUAUGCUUGCUCCACCACCAGGAGAUGCGUACAACUUCUUGCUCAAUGUCAUUUCAUAUCCUCUAGCCGUCGUCAACGUCUUCGUCGCUGGUGGUCUCAUCCAUCUCUACCUGCGUCCCUUCUCCAUACAUCGCAACCCGACAACAUGGGCACCACCUUUCCGCGCCACUCUACCAAUCGCCAUUUUCUUCCUGUUGUCAAACAUUUACCUCGUAGUCGCACCUUUCGUCCCACCUUCUGCGGGGCAAAAUGUUUACGAACAUCUACCCUACUAUCUGCAUUGCGUAGUCGGAAUUGGGAUUCUGCUCGCGGGAGCGGUGUACUGGUCGAUCUGGGCCAUUAUAUUGCCUAGAAUUGGUGGGUAUGACUUGAUCAGGGAGAGUAAAGUGAUGGAUGAUGGGUGGACGAGGAAUGUGUUUGCGAGGAGACCAAAAACGCUAUGA